AUGCUGAUGCUAGGUAGGGAAAUCAAUCAACCUGCAGAGCUAGUCUUCAGUGCCACUCGGGAGGAAUCUCCAUCUUUGGACCCCGACACGUAUGUAAGUCAGCUUGCCUCAGCACUUGGUGAGGUACAUCAGUUGGCCCGUAAAAAAUUACAAACUACUCAGUGCCAUAUGAAGAGGGAUUAUGAUUUGAGGAUUAUGUCCCGGAAGUUUGAAGAGGGGGAAAUGGUGUAUAUACUGGACACUGCCUCCACUGUGGGGAAGUCCAAGAAGUUGUCUCCAUCCUGGAAAGGACCAGGAAUAAUAACUAAUAAGAUUUCCAAUACAUUGUAUGAAGUCCGGACAAGGAAGACAACAUCAGUACAUCAUCAUGACCGCCUCAAGCCUUGUCGAGAUCGUGUAAUUCCAAGUUGGAUCCAAAGGUUUUCUAAAACCAGGAGUUCUAUAGAGGCCCAAGAGGAUCUUAACUUGGAUUGGCUCUUCAGCAAUCCAACUAAUUAUUGUAUCUGUAACAAGCCAGAUGAUGGAAAGUUGAUGAUAGGCUGUGACCAGUGUGACCAAUGGUUUCACGGAGCAUGUGUAGGAAUCAGCAGGAAAAUAGCUCAGACUCUGGAUAAAUACAUCUGUCCUCACUGCCAAACAGGAAGGGACAAUUCACCUUAA